CACCACAAGAACGGAUGUCUGAACGAAAAAAAUCAGUCGGAAUCGGAACACGCAGCGACCUCUUCACGCUCCAGAGGGCCUUUUAGCCCACCCAAGGUGGAAGAGAAGUGAGAGAUGUCGCCGUUAUGCUCCUGGUCCAAGGGGAACAUUCUUCCCUUCAAAACGCCGACAUGGCAGCCGAUAUCGAAAAAGGGCAACGUCGCGAUGUUGCUCGCGUGCACAUUGAUCACCGCAGCCAUGCAGGGUUAUGACGGCGCGAUGAUGGGCGGCAUGAACAUCCUGCCGCAGUACACCGAGUACUUCCAGCUGACGACCGCUACUCGUUCUCUCAACAUCGCCACCAACUACGUCGGCGGAGCUCUUUCCUGCCUCUGCUGGGGCUGGGUGACGGAUGUGUAUAGCCGGCGCUUCGGACUGUUCUGGUCGGCCAUGAUCACAGUGUUCGCCGCCGUUCUACAGGGCGCCGCGCAACACAUCGCCAUGUUCUGCGUGGCCCGGAUUCUCAUUGGAUUCGGCACGACGGCUUCCGUCAUUUCCGGCUCGGCCUAUCUCGCAGAGACCUUGCCGUGGGAGUACCGCGUUUGGGGGUUGUCCCUGUUCGACGACUUUUUCUACGUGGGUGCCCUCGUUGCGGCGGGCGUCACCUACACGUCCUUCAGGCUCGACAGCACCUGGGCGUGGCGGCUGCCGAGCCUCGUACAGGGAAUCUGGGGGCUGUGGUGCGUCGCCCUGCUGCCGUGGAUGCCCGAGAGCCCGCGCUGGUUGAUGGAUCAGGGACGGACGCAGGAGGCGCUGCUUGUGCUGGCCCAGACCAACGCGAACGGUAACAUACGAGACGACAUUGUGCGGCUGCAGUUCCGGCAGAUCUACGAGACGAUCGAGUACGAGCGGGACCCGAUGUCGAGCCAGGAGGUUCUGCGGAACCGAGGAGCACGGAAGAGGCUCAUCAUCACGGCCACCUGCGCCCUCUUCUCCAUGCUGACCGGGAACAUCUUUGUCAUGUACAACAUUGGGAAAAUGCUGAGUAGCGCCGGGGUGAACAAUGAAGGCUCCCAACUGCUCGUGAACGUAGGCCUCAACGCAAGCGCCCUGGUCUUUUCCAUCAUCGGGAGCUACUACACGAACAAGUGGGGGACGAAAGCUGUCGCGCUCAUCAGCACCGCCGGGCUGACUAUCGGGCUGUUCAUGAUCGGCAUCCUCACGAAAUUCUACGGAGACUCCAACUACGCUCCCGGAAUCUGGGCCACGGUCUUUAGCAUAUUCGUCUUCUCGAUCUCCUACUCUUUCGGCUGGAUACCCAUCCUCUUCCUCGUGCCCGCCCAGAUGCUCUAUUUCAGGAUACGGGCCCAGGGGAUGAGCAUGUUCAGCUUCAUCGUCUGCGUCACGGGCAUCGCGGGCAACUUUGCAUUCCCGGCGGCGUUGGAGGCUAUUGGACAUUGGCUGUACAUCAUCAACGGCGCGUGGAACAUACUCUUUUUCGCCUUCAUCUGGUGGUACUGGGUCGAGGUUAAGGGAAAGACACUCGAGGAGAUUGACGCCCUGUUCGACGGGAAGAAGCACACGGAUACCCCCAACAUGCGCGCCGUGUUGGACGGGACGGUAGACGAGAGCUGGAGGCGCUACCUGAGCGAUUGGAUGAGACUAAACUUUGGAGGGAUAUCUCACGAGGGGAUCGCGUCCCGUUUCGGCGUCAAGACCGAUUCGGUAGACAGGUCACGGUAGGGAAUCUCUGUCGUGGGUUUUCUUCAUUUCUUUACUUCUUUUUUAUUCUUGUCUCUCUUAACGGAGGCUUUCCACGAUUUUACGAACUGAAAAUUAGCGCGGCGAAAGGGGGACCAGAUUACAGAAUGUCUCGACAUUAUGGGCAUAUUAAAGAGAUUGACGACGGUGUUGAUGUGUGAGCCAUCAACGGCGGAGGUGAGCUGGACCGGUUCCGUUUGGUGGGAACCGAAACGCCGGCCCCGGCCCCGGCCACGGCCCUGCCGGAUGACUCCACCUGCCCGGGAUUUCGCCGCCGAUGCCCGGCAUCUCGACGAGGUCGCCUCCGGGCGUUUAACGACCCGACGUCAACGAAGUUAAUGGGUAUGCGCAUAGGUUUGGAUGAUUCGACCAUUCUUGGGAAACUGUUUCCUUGAGGUAGCGGGUCUAAUAAUUGUAUUGGAGAUAAUUGGCCAAACUGGCAUUCUAUAGGUAGCAUUCCCAACGAAUGCAUGAGCUCACCCUCCGGUUUCAUGCCUCCCUACCCCAGACCCAAAAACACCACUGCCCAAUGUGACGCAAGCCGCGGAUGCUGCCAGGGGCAGAUUCAUGAUUUUGUGAUGUUUUCGUGAUCCAACACAACCUA